GAAACACUCGACACAGCAUCAGGUGUUGUGUUCCCGCAAGGGAAAUCAGCCCGUGUCCUUUGAGGAGGUGGAAACGAGCACAGGAAACAGCUGAAAAAUCCUCGAGUCAGUCCAUUGGUCCAUCUAACCCAGUAUUGUCAAACGUCCUUGGCAGCAGAUCUCCAAGAUACGACUAGCUGGAAAUAUCAGGAAUUGAACCCGGCACUUGUUUCAUGAAAACCACCCAAGCUCAAAUUGAAAUCUGGAGAUGCAUGGGGAAAAAACAAAUGAAGGAGCACAUCAAGUGUCCAGCGAAAGUGAUAAUUUGCCUGACGUGAAAGAUAAUAUUGAGAAUCGAGAUGGGAUAGACAUGCUGGAGGGAAAGCCAAGAAAUAAAGAGAGUAAUAUAUGUCCGGAUUCUGACCCCCAUGCAAUGAUGGUACAACAGAAAACAGCAAAAGAAGUGAGAGAGAAGAAAUCCCCUGUGUCUGGAAAAAUCAUCUCUCCUGAAACAAGUCUGAGUGAUCAUUGUACAACUCAUGCAGCAAAGAAACGAUAUAAAUGCCUUGAGUGUGGAAAGAGAUUCAAGGACAAUGCUAACCUUCUUGCCCAUCAAAGAACGCACACAGGGGAGAAGCCAUUUAAUUGUCUGGAGUGUGGGAAAUCAUUUAGUCAGAAGGGGGCACUUACUAUGCAUCAAAGAAUACACUCUGGAGAGAAACCAUUUGAAUGCGUCAAGUGUGGAAAGAAAUUCCGCCAGAAGGUUGCCCUUCAAGUGCAUGAAAGAACACACACCGGUGAGGAGCCGUUUAAAUGCUUGGAGUGUGGAAAGAGCUUCAGGGAUAAGCAUGACCUUGCUAGACAUCGAAAAAUUCACACAGGAGAGAAACCGUUCAUCUGUCUGACAUGUGGGAAAGCAUUUAGGGAGAAGGGAACACUUUCUGUCCAUCAAAGAACACACACCGGGGAGAAGCCAUUUAAAUGUCUGGAGUGUGGAAAGGGAUUCAACGGCCGUAGUGUCCUUCAAGAACAUCAAAGACGGCAUAUUGAGGAGUCGCCAUAUAAAUGCCAAGAGUGCGGAAAGAACUUCAGCUCGAAGAACGGCCUUACUUUACAUCAAAGACUACACACAGGGGAGAAACCAUUUGAAUGUCCGCAGUGUGGAAAGACCUUCAGAUGGAAGGGGACCCUUGAAAUACAUCAGCGAAUUCACACAGAUGAGAAACCAUUUGAAUGUUCACAGUGUGGAAAGAGAUUCUUUUCCAAGCGCAGCCUUAAACGUCAUCAGUUAAUUCACAGAGAACACAAGGCAUUUCAAUGUCUGGAGUGUGGAAAGAGAUUCAGCGAUAAGCAUUACCUUUCUAGGCAUCAAAGAAUUCACACCGGAGAAAAACCAUUUGUCUGUUUGGAAUGUGGAAAAGCAUUUCGUUGGAAGACAGCACUUACUUUCCAUCAAAGGAUCCACUCAGGGGAAAAACCAUGUAAAUGCUUGCAGUGUGGAAUGAGCUUCAGGUGGACGGUGACCCUCGCAAUACAUCAGCGAAUUCACACAGGCAAAAUAGAGAAACCAUUUGAAUGUUUGCAGUGUAAAAAGAGAUUCUUUUCUAGGCAGAGCCUUACACGUCAUCAGCUUAUUCACAGAGAGGACAACCCAUUUAAAUGUCUGGAGUGUGGAAGGAGUUUCAGCGAUAACCAUGACCUUGCUCAGCAUCAACGAAUUCACACUGGAGAGAAGCCAUUUAUCUGUCUGGAGUGUGGAAAAGCAUUUAGUCAGAAGGGGGCACUUACUGUCCAUCAAAGAAUGCACUCUGGGGAGAAACCAUUUGAAUGCUUGGCGUGUGGAAAGAGAUUCUGCCGGAAGGCUGCCCUUCAAGCUCAUCAGAGAACUCACUCAGGGGGCAAACCAUUUAAAUGCCUGGAGUGUGGAAAGAGUUUUAGUGAUAAGCAUUGCCUUGCUGCUCAUCAAAGAAUUCACACAGGGGAGAAACCAUUUAUCUGUCUGGAAUGUGGAAAAGCAUUCAGUCAGAAGGGAGCCCUUACUGUCCAUCAAAGAGCACACUCAGGCAAGAAGCCAUUUAAAUGCCUUGAGUGUGGAAAGGGAUUCCACUGCCGAAGUGUCCUUCAAGACCAUCAAAGGAGGCACACUGGGGAGAAGACACAUAAAUGCCAAGAGUGUGGAAAGAGGUUCAGAUGGAAGAACGGUCUUAGCAUACAUCAAAGAAUUCACUCAGGGGAGAAACCAUUUGAAUGUUUGCAGUGUGGAAAAAGCUUCAAGUGGAAGAAAAGCCUUACAAUACAUCAGCAAACUCACACAGACACAGGAGAAAAACCAUUUGAAUGUUCACAGUGUAAAAAGAGGUUCAGGUGGAAAAUGAACCUUGCAACACAUCAGCGAAUUCACACAAACACAGGAGAGAAACCCUUGAAAUGUUUACAGUGUGGAAAGAGAUUUUUUUCCAGACACAGUCUUACCCGUCAUCAGUUAAUUCACAGAGAAGACAACCCAUUUAAGUGUCUGGAGUGCGGAAAGAGUUUCAGGGAUAAGCAUGACCUCGCUAGACAUAGAAGAAUUCAUACAGGAGAGAAACCAUUUAUCUGUCUGGAAUGUGGGAAAGCAUUUAAUCAGAAGAGGGCACUUACUGCCCAUCAGAGAACACACUCAGGGGAGAAACCAUUUGAAUGCUUGGAGUGUGGAAAAAGAUUCUGCCAGACAGGUGGCCUUCAACGUCAUCAAAGAACUCACACAGGGGAAAAACCAUUUAAAUGCCUGGAGUGCGAAAAGAGUUUUAGCGAUAAGGAACGACUUGGUAGACAUCGAAGAAUUCACACAGGAGAGAAACCUUUUCAAUGUUUGCGGUGUGGAAAGAGAUUUAGUGAGGGGCGAUACCUUAGAAAUCAUCAGACAACUUGUAAAGGGGAGAUCCCUUUUAAUUGCUUGGGACUUGCAAAGGGAUUCCAACGGGGGGAUCCUCUACAAUACAAUCAGAGUGCUCCCAGUGAGACUUCUUUGAAGGAGGAAGAGUCUGAUACUCCUGAUCAGUCCUCUGUUACUGUAAUCCUGGGACAAGAUGAGGGGUCCUGUGACAGCGGCACCUCGUCUGAGGUUCCCAGCAAACCAUUCAACCCUGUCACAAGUCCAGCCGUGAUUCCAGAUUCUCUUCCCACCACCCUCGGCUCAACGGAGCACAGUUUGCAAUGCAUCCAGUGGGAUACUCAGAGCCAUGGUGGGAGGGACUACCUGACUCCCAGAGUACCCUUUCUCCCAGGAAAUGCACUUGAGUAAGGGCCUGCUCAGGAACACACCUCUGCUUAUUAGCAGGCUCCAAUGCACCUGCAGAAUCAAAGACAGCCAGAAUAAAUGCUCCCAGACUUUUUCUUGGUUAAGAGCUCCAGUAGCGCUAUUUGUCUCUAUUUACUCAAGACUGGAGAAACUUAUUUCAGUGUCUGGAGUAUAAAAGGAGCUUGUGGCGGACUGCACGUCUUACUUUACAUCAAAGAAGCCUCACAGUAAAAAGGAUUUAAAUACAUAUGGGUGAUUACAUUAAUCAUUCCCUGUGUCCAUAUACUGUUUCCUCUUAAGGACAUAGUUUUGUCAACCAAUGUGUAAAUUAUAUAAUGGUUUGGAUCUUAAUGGGGCCUUGGAUGACCGGCCCAUUCUAGAAACUUGCGUUUUCCCUCCAGAAGUGCUGCAUUGCAGUCACGUGUGGACUGGUGCCAGUGGGGCUGAACAUGUGUGCAAGGCCCCAAUCAGAUCGAACCCAUGAUCUCCCAACUGUGGCUUAUGACAGAAAGUUGUAUAAUGUAAGCCCCCUGUAGCCCCCAAAUGCUGGUGUUGCAUGAUUCUCUAGCACAGCGUGGGGAGUGGCACUGUGGGCAGUAGAACAAAGGGGGUGUCUUAUCCCCUCCCGCUCU